CUUGCUUAUUUUAAUAACUUGCAGAGCCUUGACGAGAUUAUAGAUAAAUCACUUCAAAGACAAGAUGGCUCAAGUACAUGUGAGGACUUUGUUAGUUUGGCUCAAUCAUGGCUGAGCAAAAUUCAGUGGUCAAAUUCACUACGUGGCAAAUUUGGUGAGACUAAUCAAAGUGAGCUGGCAGCAUUCACAUCAUAUGCACUGGCAUUUCCUGAUAGCUUUCUUGCCCUCGUAGAUACAUAUGAUGUUAUGAGAAGUGGAAUCCCAAACUUCUGUGCGGUUGCACUGGCUCUUCAUGACUUAGGGUAUAUAAAAGCAAUUGGAAUUAGAUUGGACUCUGGCGAUCUGGCAUAUCUGUCUUGUGAGGCGAGAAAAUUCUUUUGCUCCAUUGAGAAGGAAUUCAAAGUGCCUGGUUUUGGAAAGAUGGGCAUCACUGCUAGUAAUGACCUCAAUGAGGAAACAUUGGCUUUAAACAAACAGGGUCAUGAGGUUGAUGCCUUUGGAAUUGGGACAUACCUGGUUACGUGUUAUGCUCAAGCUGCUUUAGGUGUUGUUUUCAAAUUGGUUGAGAUAAAUAAUCAGCCUCGCAUCAAACUUUCCGAAGAUGUUUCAAAGGUCUCUAUUCCAUGCAAGAAAAGAUGCUACAGGUUGUAUGGAAAAGAAGGCUAUCCCAUCGUAGACAUAAUGACGGGGGAAAAUGAACCCCCUCCUAAGGUAGGAGAAAGAAUCCUAUGCCGCCAUCCCUUCCAAGAAUCCAAGCGAGCAUAUGUGGUGCCACAGCAAGUUGAGGAGCUUCUAAGGUGUUACUGGCGCGGGAGUUCAGAAAACACGAGAGAAAUUUUACCACUAAAGGACAUUAGAGAGCGUUGCAUUAAACAACUGGAACAAAUGCGACCUGAUCACAUGAGGAGACUUAACCCGACGCCAUAUAAGGUUAGUGUAAGUGCCAAGCUGUAUGACUUCAUUCAUUUUCUGUGGCUCAACGAGGCACCAGUCGGAGAGCUGCAGUAAUAAGGUGAAUAAAAUGGCAUGCCUUGUGGACCGAUUGAUCGUGGCCUAAGGUUCUGGUAGGAAUGGGAAAAAUAAAUCCUUUCAUACAGUCAUGAUAUGACUGUCUUCAAAUUCAAAGUGCUUUUAGAUUGUAUGAUUUCAUUGUCCCAAAUAAAUGUAUGUUUUUGUCCCCGGUAAAUGUAUGAUUUUGUACCUUUGUAAGUUUUUUUUAUUCAAUAAGAAAAUUUAGGGUUGGAAA